UCCCCGCGCCUCGGUGCUGCGGGGCGAUUUUCCAGACGUGCGUCUCCUUCUUCCCCUUGCCCCCAAAUAAAAAUGAAGCCCUAAACCUGCCGCCGCGGGGUGGCUUUUGCAUUGAGCAGCCGCUCUCCGCGGUCGCAGGCGCGAGCCCUCGUUGGGAGGUUUCGGGGUUGGGCCCGGAGCCGGGCGAAGGGCGGUGCAGCUAUGGCCUCGGCGCGGUGUGAGCUGAGCGAAUCCCGGGUCCGAUUAACUCUGCGACUGGGUCUUCGGAUUGCGCUGGUCGCCACGGCCCCGGCGACCUGGGGAAGAGGAGGCCCUUACCCUCCUGGAGCUUCCAGUCUAGCGUGCAAGCAGACUCACGGGCUUCGCGCACGCCCCAGACAGUCUUAGAGAUGCGCCUGGCAGCGGGGACAGAGCGGGAACAGCAGACGGCCUUCUCCCCUGCUAGGAAAGACACAGGGGCUUCUGUUCCCCUCUGGAUGGGCGACCCAACCGAGGAGACUUUUUCUCUUUGAUCUUGUGUGUCAUGAAACAAAGCUCCGUAUUUCUCACUUUCGUCGACUCCGUGCAGCGGGCGGCUGCAUCGCUUUGAAAUGAUUUUUAUGUGAAAUAAUGUCUGUUGGCGUUAGCAUUUUGAAGAGCAUUUAUUGGGUUGGUGGUAGUCCUUGAGAACCUUUACGCUUCAGAAGCUUGGCUUGGACCUGGCGGGCAUCUUUGUCACACUGGCCUCACCUGUGAUGAGUUUUUGAUUAUGGAAGAUUCCCACAAGAGUACCACGUCAGAGACAGCGCCUCAACCUGGUUCAGCAGUUCAAGGAGCUCACAUUUCUCAUAUUGCUCAACAGGUAUCAUCUUUAUCAGAAAGCGAAGAGUCCCAGGACUCAUCUGACAGCAUAGGCUCCUCACAGAAAGCCCACGGGAUCUUAGCACGGCGUCCUUCUUACAGAAAAAUUUUGAAAGACUUAUCUUCUGAAGAUACACGGGGCAGAAAAGGAGACGGAGAAAAUCCUGGAGUUUCUGCUGUCACUUCUAUGUCUGUUCCAGCUCCCAUCUAUCAGACUAGCAGCGGACAGUACAUUGCCAUUGCCCCAAAUGGAGCCUUACAGUUGGCGAGUCCAGGCACAGAUGGAGUACAGGGACUUCAGACAUUAACCAUGACAAAUUCAGGCAGUACUCAGCAAGGUACAACUAUUCUUCAGUAUGCACAGACCUCUGACGGACAGCAGAUACUUGUUCCCAGCAAUCAGGUGGUUGUACAGACUGCAUCAGGAGAUAUGCAGACAUACCAGAUCCGAACGACACCUUCAGCUACUUCUCUGCCACAAACUGUGGUGAUGACAUCUCCUGUGUCUCUUACUUCUCAGACAACUAAGACAGAUGACCCCCAGUUGAAAAGAGAAAUAAGGUUAAUGAAAAACAGAGAAGCUGCUCGAGAAUGUCGCAGAAAGAAGAAAGAAUAUGUGAAAUGCCUGGAAAAUCGAGUUGCAGUCCUGGAAAAUCAAAAUAAAACUCUAAUAGAAGAGUUAAAAACUUUGAAGGAUCUUUAUUCCAAUAAAAGUGUUUGAUUCUUAAGAAAGAAAACAUUUUUGUGGACUUCCAUAAAAAUUAAAUGGAUUUCUUAGUGGAGUUUUAUAAAUUAAAGGUCAAAAAUGAAGCUUUUUAUUUAGGCUUUUCCAACUCAAGGAUAACGAUCUUAUGCACGCUAUCUAGUAACAGAGGAGAAAGUGGAAAAUGACCUCAAGGAAGCUAUGGGCACAACUGGAAGCUUUGUAGAAAUUAAACAUAUUCAAGAAGCAAGAAAUGAACUUUCAGCAUUCUAAAUUUUCUAAGUAACCAAUAGUUGCCAAUCCAAAAUGGCAGAGAAGAUGAAAUUUGAUAAACUAAAUUUUUAAAAAUAAUUUACCCUACAGGUUUGCAUUUCUGUUUGCUGAAAUUUUUUAGUUAUAUGUGUGUGUGUGUGUGUGUGUGUGUGUGCGUGCGUGCACGUGCAUGCAUGUGUAUUUUAUUUCUGCCAAUACUAAUUUACAAAAAUAAGAGAAAAACCUAAUACAUUACUAAAUAUAUAAAGUAUGUGUUCUGAUUAUGUAUACUUGUUCUCAUGUCAGGUCUUUUAAGUGGGUUUUUUGAAGUUUGUUUAUUGGACUUGAAUGGAUUUUUGAGACUGGGUUAAUUAUUUUUGAGGUUUUAUCCUAAAAGGCAUCUAAGGUACAUGAAUGGAGUUUGGUAAUUUUAUAACAUUUUUUUAUCAGAAUGCAAAGAGAACUGUUUAAAAGUGUGAUACUUUUAAAUAGUUGGUAUUUUUGCUCACUCUAGUAAUGGUGAUUUUCUACAAAUAUAUAAUAAAUUGUUUCUUUGAUUCUAGAUUCUGUGUGCAGUUGAAUAGCCAUUACUUACUCUGCUGAGCUUUAAUAGAAUGGAAUGUUUACAGGCCCUUAAAAUACUAUUUUUUAAAAACCUUCUGAAGAUGCAUACCAAAGUUUUUCCAAGACAAUUUUAUAAUCAAUUUAAUGUAGGGUUUAUCAGAUUCUAUAAUAGUAUGGUUAUUAGGGCAGUUUUAUGUUAGAGACUAUUUUGUAAUGUAGUGAAUGGUACCUUUAUAAGAAAAGUGACUGCCAAUAUAUUUUUAUAGCUAACUUUAUAAAUUCUAAUGUUGUUUUUAAUGAUUAUUUUAAAUGUUUAUAUACUUUAGUAAAAUUUGCAUCUCAAAGUACCAUUUUUAUAUUAUGGGAAGUUUUCAGAGUAGCUAAUAUUUGCACUGCAAAUUUUGUAUGCAGUUUAUCUAAAAUUCAGAAAUACUGUUGGUACACCAGUGUUUAACAUCUAUAUUCCAAUUUGUAUACAGUUUGAAGUUGUACUGCAAAACUAUUGUGUGCUUCUUACACAGUAUGUAUCAUAUUGUCAUUUGUGAAAUUAAAGGACAUUUGAUAGUCUGCUGAAUGUAAAAUAUAAUGCUUGGUAUAUGAAUGAUAAUCUUGCUGGUGACCAUGCUGUUAAUUAUCCUAAUGCUAUGUAGAGAUCUUCACUUAACUGAUACAUUUGUGUUUGACCCUCCUGAUGAAAUUUCUCAUUAAAAGGGUCUUUUAAAAUGGGA